AGGACGUGAAGGCCGCCGUGUGUUACGUGAUGUUCGGGAUCUGGAGUUGCGCUCCUGCGAUUCAGACGCUUCCAGACACACUCCGACAGCGCAUGUGUGUGUUACUGCUGCACACACUCUCACACACACACACCACAGCGCUCACCGUCAACUGCCUGGGUGUGGUGAAGCAGAUGUGUCAGUACUCUGAUGUCGUGUGUGUGUUGAUGAGGGACCUGAAGGACGGAGGUGAAGAUCCUCUGCCCUAUCAACCACUGCCGCUCAUCCUGAAGAAGCUGUUGUUGAGCACUCAGGACUCUCUGCAGGUGGUUUCUGUGCGCUGUGUGUGUGCCGUACUGAUUCACGCUCCUCUUCACUUCUCUUCAUCCUUCAUUCAGGCUGAUUUACCCGGUGUGGAGCCACUGGUUCGCUCUCUCAAAGAGACUCUGGGAAAAUCCAACACUGAGGUGCAGAUAAAAGGACUGGAGCUGCUGACGGCCAUAUUGGACAGGCAGCCUGCAGCGGUGCGUCUCUUCCCGACCGGCUCUGAGUUUUCUGCCGUGUGUGAUGUCAUCGUGGAGGGCGUGGCCUCAUCCUGUCUGCAGGUGUCCAUGUGUGCGAUGCGAGCCGCUGCUGUCCUGCUCAGGCCCAAUCAUCAGUCCAGUCCGGUUCAGCUCGCAGACGUCAGGAGGAUCGCGGAGGUCGUGAUGUCCAAAAUCACAGAGCACCAUCACACACGCAGCAGAGAGAGCUGCUCUGGUUCAAAGUCAGUGACAGCAGGAGUUUUACUGCAGAUGCUCACAUGCUUCGACGCCGCCUGCAGGUUGGUGGAGGCGUGUGUGUGUGACUCGACUCUGAAGGACGGUGUGUGUUCAGCUCAGGAGACGCUGGAGUCUGUGUGUGUGUUUCUGCUGCACUGCUGCGACGCUGCCUGCAUCCCUGCAGUUACUGGUGUGUGUGAGCGCGUCUCAUCUCCUCAGGUGCUGCAGCUCUUCCUCUCGGUUUUGUCGUGCCAGUUUUCUCUGUGUCCUGAUCACAUGACCUCCUUCUCCAAGAAGCUUGCCGCGUCUGGAUUCAUCAGACUGACUCUGGAGAGUAAAGCUCAGCUGUGUUCAGGGAACAGGAACGCGUCUCUGAAUCAGAUCUGCUGUGAUUUCCUGCUGAAGCUCUGCAUGUGUCUGAUCUCACAGGAACACACCUGGACCAGUGAGCUGCAAGAUAUGGAGCGUGUCCUGCAGGAGUCUCUGCCGUCUCUGUGCUGCUGCGCGUCUGAUUGGCCAUCUGUGCUCUCUGAUUUCCCACAAUCCCUCAGAAACACUCAGCACUGCCUCAUCUACCUGCUGCACCUGUCGCUGCUGCACGGGGACAGGUUUCUGAGCGACUCGGCCAUGUUCUCCGCUGUGCUGCGCUUCAUCUCGUGUGUUCAGGACCUUCCUGCGUCGGUGUUGAGUUCAGUGCUCUAUCUGCUGUCCGUCACUCAGCACGCCGGGCCUCGUCUAGACACGGUGCCUGUGAGCGUCCUCUCUAAAGCUCUGUCCUCCUGUCCGCUCCUCUUCUCUCGCACUCUUCCUCUGUCUGUCCUGAGCUUCAUCUUCAUGUAUCCGGAGCUCUCGCAGCGGUUCGGACCACCAGCUCUGACGGGACGUCUGUCAGAGGAGACUCAGGAGCAGGAGCAGGAGCAGGAGCUGCUGGAGCUGCUUCACACACACCCUGCAGCGCUGCUGGCCACACUGGCCGUGGCGUGUGACGCCGAGUCUGCAGCGUCACGUUCAGCCGUCGGUGUGCUGCAGUGUUACCUGCGAUCGGCCGACAGCAGCAGCAUCAGCGGGACGUCUGAUCUCUGUGAUCAGAUCCGAUCGGCGCUGCUCAACGUCCUGCAGAGACACACACACACAGACGGUCUGUCUGUGCUGCUGGACGUGUCGUCUGUGAUUCACUCGUCCGGUCAGAUGGAGCACACUGACUUCAGACUCCUGUACCACGCAGUGUCUCUGCUGCUGGGAAACGUCAGGCUGAUGGAGCUGCUGGAGGAGGUUUUAUCUGCCUCUUCAUCCUCAUCUUCAUCACUGUUGUGCUCCUCUCUACUCCUGCUCUCCUCCCUCACACUCCUGCAGCACAAACACUCCGCUCAGGUUCACAGGAGCGUCAGUGUGGAUCUGCAUCAGAUAAUCAGACGACUGGCCUUCAGCAAGAGACACACGGACACACUGCUCAUCAAGUGCAGUGUGCGCUUUGUGCAGGUGUGUUUGGAUGUGGAUGCAUCUGCUCUGCUGUGUGUUUGUGAUGCAGCACUGCAGCGACCUCUGACCUCUAUAGAUGGUGCUCUUCAUCCCAUCGGACACAGCGGCGCUACGAGCCUCAUGACAGCGCUGAGCGCACUCAUGCUAAUGACGCAGGAUCUGAUGGUCAGCGCCGCUCUGAACUGUCUCAGGUCUCUGAUGGGAUUUCUGCGCAGACGGAGCUCUGAAACCGCGCAGCACAUGGUGUGUCAGCCGUGGAUGCGGUUCCUGAUUUUCUCUUUACUCUCCUGUGACCAGAGACUGAGACCUGCAGCGCUGCAGCUGCUCACACAGCUGGUGUGUUUCAGCGGAGGCGUCUCACACUGGAGGACUGAAAUUGAGUCUGUGUGUGAAGAGAUUGAGAAACGAGGAGCGACGAACCUCACCGAUGACAGCACACACACACUGAGACUGAUGCUCACACAGUGUUGUGCUCUUUCUCCUCCUAAUGAUCUGAGGAUGAGGAUGGAGGCUAUACAACAGUCACUAAGACAUCUUCCUCCCUCUGAGAGCUCGAGCAGACACAUGCUUCGGGUUGGACGGGUCUCUGUCUGUCUGUCUGACUUCACAAUCAGCACUCAGGACCUAUGAAACACACACACACACACACACACAAUAACACAAUUCUGAUGACUUUGACUUCUGUUCCUGCUGAAGAUGUUUGUUACUGAAAUAUAUCGUA